CUGACAAUUAAAAAACAAAACAAACGUCGUUAGAGUUCGGUGAACGAAAGUCAUUCCAUGAUCCUUCUCGUUGCAAUCACAUAAAAAUUUUCAGUCAUGGGGGGAUAAUGUGAAGCAGGGAUGAUAGGAACUCGUGACACCGGUUUCAGAAAAUCAGAGACCAAAACAUUGGCCUUGCCAAGCAUAUUAUUGAGGAAGUAAUCUAAUCAAGGCUGAGCAAGAGAAUCCUGUUUCGAUCCAUCCUGUUUUGUUGCUCAUGACGCUGACAGAGCAGCGAAAAGUCUCAAAAAACCCCAGCAACUUCCAAAAUGGCAGAGAAGCAAAACAAUGAGGUGAAGUUGGCAGUGGAGAAAUGUCCACUCACUAGCGUUACCGUCUUCAAAGAUCGGGCGGAAGUGAGCCGGUCUGUUGAGACUUCUGUCAAAGCUGGCACCAAUGAAUUGAAGAUCACUGGUCUUGUCGAUAUCGAGCAGGACUCCAUCAGGGUGGAAGGCAGGGGCCAAGCCACAAUCGCUGAAGUGAGUUUCCAGUUCACAUAUUGUAAUGAAGAUGAAGCAUCCAUGUCAGAGAAGGAGAAGACUUUGACUGAAGAGCUCAAGGUUCUAAAGGAGCAGAAAAAGUCCCAGGACUCAGAGGCUCAGCUGUCUCUGCUACAGAAACAGUGGGGAGUCCUCGACCGUUUUGCCACCAACGCUGCCAGGGGAAGCCAGGAUACAAAUUCUGGCUUUAAGCUUGAUGAGCAAUACUUCAAAGGCAUGAAGGAUUUUCUGCAGCACUUCCGAGACGUGGGCGAACAGCUUGAUGCUGAGACGUUGGAAGUGAAAGAGAAAAGGGAAGAAAUCGAUGAGAAAAUUCAACAAGUAGAGAGUAAUCUCCAGGAAGUCCGAGGGAAUAGAAGGAGGUCAACAUGUAUUCGAGAGUGCAUCAUUGUGCUGGAAGCAGAGGCAGAGACGGCCGUGCAGCUCAAGUUGUCCUACGUGGUGCUGAGUGCCAGCUGGGUACCCUCCUAUGACCUACGUAUGAAUACAGAAGAUGGAGUCCUCUCGGUGUCCUACUUUGGGCUCAUCUCUCAGAACUCUGGCGAGGACUGGACGAAUGUGAAGCUGCAUCUGUCCACGGCCGAGCCCAGUGUAGGUGGGACCAUCCCCAUCUUGCCCCAGACGCAAGUCAACCUCUUUAAACCUGUCGUGCAUCUUAAGCCGAAGUCCAGUGGGUCUGUUUUGACAUUCCGUUCCUCAGCCAGGUCAGCGUCCUCAACAUCACAAGCUUAUGAUGACAGAUUACAAAGACAAGCUUCCCCCAUGUCUGCUGUACCUGUGAAAAUUCAGGAGACUACCGUGAGUGCCAGCUAUGAGAUUGUGCGGCAGUCCAGCAUCCCCUCUGACAACACAAGUCAUAAGGUGACAGUAGGCAUAAUGGAGCUGAAGCCGACCAUGACCUAUGUGAGUAUUCCCAAGGUCGUGCCGCACGCUUUCCUUCAGGCCAAGGUCGUCAACACCUCCAAGUUCACCCUUUUGCCGGGAAAGUCUAAUAUCUUCCUGGACAACAGCUUUGUUGCCAAGGCUGAGCUCCAAGCUGUGGCGCCUAAGGAAGAGUUUGAGUGUUCGCUCGGCGUUGACCCGGGCGUGCGGGUGACCUACAAGCCCCUGGUCAAGGUCAACUCGUCCUCUGGCAUCAUCAGCAGGGUGAAGGUCGUCUCGCACGAGCAGGCCAUUGAGGUGAAGAAUGUGCACAACUACCCCGUCACCGUCGCUGUCAAGGACAACCUGCCGCGUAGUCUGGAUGAGAAGGUCAAGGUGGUGUUGCAGAGUCCUUACAUCGACGCCAAACACCCUGAGAAGAGUGAAGCCACACUCACCGUUGACAACACUGUGGUGUGGGAGGUCAAGGUCGGGGCCCUGAACAAGUCGGAUCUGCUGCUGAAGUACAGCAUCGAGCUGCCCAUGGGAGAAGACUUGGACUACAAAACCUACUAAGUCUUGCUGCAGCAGCACAGGAUGGUCAGCCAUGAUGAUGUUAUUGUUCCUGAGCACCUUCGAAACGUGUGUCAUUCAGGUGAAAUCCGACGCUUGUCAAAGUAAUGAAAAGGAAGAAACCGCCAUUUUUUCAACCCGCCUUGUGCAAUUUUUAGGAGUGUUUUUUUCCCCUUUUUUUUCCCGGUUGCUUAACUAUUUUUAUGUCCUUUUAAGAAAAAUGUUAUUUGUGGGUUUUACUGAAAAAUACUGAUCAAAGGCACUAAAAAUAUAAAUUUGCAGUUUCCAACGACACUUAAUCUUUGUAAAUCACCAAACUUUGAUGGCCAUUUUCUCUCUAGUCUAAUUUUACCUUUGACACUAAGCGACCCCCGCCUCCUUCAACUGCAACUUUCUCAACUUCUAUACUAGAUAGAUGAAUAUUCUUUUUCAUCUAAAGCAAGACAAAUGAGCAAUCUUUAGGAUGAUACUAACAGCUCUAUACGCCCAAAAAUUGACAAGCUCCUGAUUCCACCUUGUGGUGACACAAGUGUUACUGUAGCAACUUACGGGUAUCAUCCAUUAAGCUCCUGUUCAUGAACUGCUGUGACAAAAGCAAUUGGUUGGAGGGUGCCACUCAUAGCUCCUCUUCUAUUCUUUCCCUCUCUUGUUUCUGUCUUGCUUCUUCCCUGCACUGUAAGACCAUUAUUGUGUCGUGCUUUUUUAAAACUCAAUUGAAAAUUGUGACGGCAGCAGUUGGCUACCUCUGAAUUACAAAUUCUAUCUGACAUUUUUGGUUAUUUUGAGUUACUACGACCAUGUGGUCAGAAGUCAAAUGUUCUAUCUCCUUUAUCAAAUUCAUAAGAAUAUUCAGAGUCGUUAUUAUAUUCAAAGAAUUGCUUUCGAAAAAGCUUGGCAUGUUGUGAAAGUCAAAAUUUUCAAAGUCGAACUUCUCAAAACUGGGUACUGAGCAGAUAGAACUUUGUAAUUCUGAAGUAGUGAGUUGUUGAGCUGUGCACAGACUGUUGCCUUGGAUGUUGUUCUUGGUGGUAACAGGAAAAGAGCAGCUUCUCUCGCAACAACCGGUGCGCGUCUGUGGUGGUGUAGCGCUUAAGGUAUUCGCUGUUGCACGCAGGUGACCUGAAUUGUAUUCCUGAGUGGAGAGAGUUUUUAUGGGGUACCUCGGCCCUUCUGCUGGGAUGUUGUAGCCCUCUCAGCCCGUAUUGGCUCUGACAGGCAGGGUUAGAAGUCCGCCUCCUACUUGACCUAAACUGUUUCGAUGGCGGUGUAAAAACACCUAUGUUAAAAAAAAA